CGGCCGGGCGGCACUGCUUGCACGUCGGGAGCCCGCGGGGGCAGAGUGUAGCGUACAAGUGGUGUAUGUGUGCUCCUCUGCCUUCAGUGACCCGCUGUUUGAAUGUAAUGAGAUGGUGUCCUCACCCACCCCAUGUACUGCAGCGAGGAGCGGUCUUCUUUUGAGUGUUUUUGACUUCCGUUCACGGUAUGUUUCAGUGGAAAUCAGCCUUCUUUUGUCCCUGGUCUUUGGCUGUGUGAGCGGCUUGUGAGGGACUGACAAGCGGCUCUUUUUUGUGUGUGGCAUGUGAUGCACACAAGAGACUGAGGCGUGUUCAUGUCUCACAGACGUUGCCGGGGAAAAGAAAAAGAGAAAAGGAGACGAAUAAGAGGCUCUGACGUUUUAUGUUGUCUGUGGAUGUGACUCGGGUUCAUAAGGACAUGACGGAGCAGCGCUGCCUGUGGAUUUUAUGGGGCUCUUGCUAGCUGUUGAAUGGCAAGCAGUCAAAGAAUCAGAUGAACAAUGACUUUGGAGCGGAACAUUUUUGUUUGAACACUCUUAUCUUUGAAUUCCUCUAAAAACGAACGGACAGUGAACGCAUCUUUAUUUGGUGUUGAGUUGAGGGCCAGCAGCAGCGGUUUAACGCACAGGAGGAUCAGUUCAGGCGCGGCCAGGCAAGCCAACAAUGCGGAUUACCUCUUGACUGUUUGCCUUUGUGUCAGUACAGACUGUUUGUAUAAAGUAGAGAGAAGCCUCACAGCACAAUUGCCUGUCAUUUUCCGUGAAUUCAUUUUAUUCAUUGUCUUGGGAAAAAGGAGACUGUAAGCUGACGUGCUGUACAAAUCCCACAUGUGCCCAGGUCGUCCGUGAAACUGCAAACUCACUUAGAGAGGAGCAACAGGGACAACGAUGGCGAACGACUCUAUUCAAAGCGAUCCAGGUGGGCUGUCAGUUUUAGAGCAGCUUGGUCUGGACCAGAACUCUGACUUCUCCGACUCAAGUGUGCAGCAGCUGUUGGAUGAACAGCGUGAAAGGAUCCGCAGAGAAAUUCGGAAGGAGCUGAAGAUCAAGGAAGGGGCUGAGAACCUGCGCAGGGCGACGACUGACAAGAGGAACGCUCAGCAGGUGGACAGCCAGUUGCGUUCCUCUAAUCGGAAGCUUGACAACCUUCAUGCUCAGCUGCAAGAACUGGAUGCUCACAUCGUGGUGAAGGGUGGAGAGGAGAAUAAAGAUGAGUGUCCUCAGUCUCCCGGGGCAGAGAGCCGCACGUCAGCCCACAAGGAACGUAUCGCUGCACUGGAGAGGCAGCUCAACAUCGAGCUCAAAGUCAAACAGGGAGUUGAGAACAUGAUUCCCAUCUACUCCAAUGGAUCCACCAAGGAUAAGAAGAUGCUGCAGACGGCCCAGCAGAUGCUGCAGGACAGCAAGACCAAAAUUGACAUAAUCCGCAUGCAAAUUCGCAAAGCUGUGCAGGCCACUGAGCACAAUGAUGACACACAGGGUAACCAGGACCUCUGCGGGAUGGAGCUGCGCAUUGAAGAGCUGAGGCAUCACUACAGGGUGGAACAUGCUGUCGCAGAAGGAGCCAAAAAUGUGCUCCGGCUCCUGGGGGCCAGCAAGGUCCAGGACAAGAAAGCGCUAUCUGAGGCGCAGUCUCGUCUGAGCGAGGCGUCUCAACGCUUGGACCUGCUGAGGGACUCUCUUGACCAGCGUCUGGCAGAGCUGCCGGAGGACCAUCCCAAAGCCAACAUCAUCAAAGAGGAGCUGGUCCUGGCCUCCUCUCCUGCCUUCAGCUCUCGCCAUGGUGCCCCCUACCUCCACAACCAGUACAGCACCCUCAACAAACCCUCACCUUUGACUGGUACCUUACAGGUGCAGGUGCUGGGCUGUGUGGGCUUGCUAGAGGUGGUCCCAGGUCGUAAUAAAGCGACGGCUGUCAUGCUGCCAUGCUACAGCCCCGGUGACACACGCUCAUUCAUGAGAGGUAGCAAAGGACUGUACGGCCGGAGCGGCUCAGUCAGCGGGAAGACGCCGAGCAAAACAGAGGAGCUCAGCUCUGAGGUGAGUGCUGUGUUGAAGCUAGAUAACUCAGUGGUGGGUCAGACCCCCUGGAGGACUGUGGGAGAGCAGGCAUGGGACCAGACCUUCACUGUGGAGCUGGAAAGGUCAAGAGAGAUGGAGAUUGCUGUUUACUGGAAGGACUACCGCUCGUUGUGCGCUCUGAAGUACCUGAAGCUGGAGGAGUUCCUGGACAACCAGAAACACACAGUUCAGCUGGAGCUGGAGCCUCAGGGCUUGUUGCUGGCUGAGGUUACCUUCUUUAACCCUGUCAUAGAGAGAGUUCCCCGCCUUCAGAGACAGAAGAAGGUCUUUUCUAAACAGCAAGGUAAAGCCUUCCUGCGGGCUCGUCAGAUGAAUGUGGAUAUCGGCACAUGGGUGAGGCUGCUUAGAAAUGCCAUUCCCACCGCCAACAAUUCAGGAACCUACAGCCCCAACGCACACAGCUUGACUCUUAACUCCGGGGAGGUCUCAGUGGAGAAGUUGAGUUUGGACAGCGACUCUCCAAUGAGAGGCGAUUACAAGAGAGACACGGACACACACACCCCGGACCGACCUCCAGUCAUCGAGCCCUUCUCCCCUCCAGACCUCACCCCCGAGUGCCCUGUCCGAACCUCGUCUAUUGGCAGUAAACAAAGGAAAGGUCCUCUGUCUCUUCAGGACUUCAGGAUGAUCGCUGUGUUGGGCAGGGGACACUUUGGAAAGGUGUUGCUGUCAGAGUAUAAGAAAACAGGAACAAUGUACGCAAUCAAAGCUCUGAAGAAAGGAGACAUCGUGGCUCGGGAUGAGGUGGAAAGUUUAAUGUGCGAGAAGCGCAUCUUUGAGACCGUGAACUUAUCGCACCAUCCCUUCCUGGUCAACCUAUUUGCGUGCUUUCAGACUCCGGAGCAUGUGUGUUUUGUGAUGGAGUACACAGCUGGAGGCGACCUCAUGAUGCACAUCCACACAGACGUCUUUACAGAGCCUCGAGCAGUGUAUGUUUAUGCAGCCUGCGUAGUUCUUGGACUUCUCCUCCAUGACAAUAAGAUUGUGUACAGAGACCUCAAGCUUGACAACCUGCUGCUUGACACAGAUGGUUAUGUGAAGAUCGCUGACUUCGGACUGUGUAAAGAAGGGAAUGGGUUUGGGGACCGGACCAGCACGUUCUGUGGGACUCCAGAAUUUCUGGCCCCAGAGGUGUUAACAGACACGUCGUACACCAGGGCAGUGGACUGGUGGGGACUCGGGGUCCUUAUCUAUGAAAUGUUGGUUGGAGAGUCUCCAUUCCCAGAAGAUGAUGAAGAGGAGGGUGAUGACAGUAUAGUGAAUGAUGAAGUUCGUUAUCCACGCUUCUUGUCUACAGAGGCUAUUGGCAUCAUGAGAAGGCUGUUAAGAAGGAACCCAGAGAGAAGACUCGGCUCUGGUGAGAAGGAUGCAGAGGAGGUGAAGAAGCAGCCUUUCUUUAGAAAUGUAGACUAGGCAUUGCUACAGAGGAAGCUGCCCCCUCCCUUUGUCCCCUCCAUUCGCAGUAAAGAGGACGUCAGCAACUUCGACGAGGAGUUCACCACUGAAGCGCCAACACUCACGCCUCCCCGGGAGCCUCGUGUGCUCUCCCGCAAAGACCAGGAGAGUUUUGUGGACUUUGACUACGUCUCUGACCUCUGCUAGUAAGCUAAGAGGCCGGCAGACAAUGAGGAAUGUUUUUAUUUUGAAGGCUCCAUGGCAGUUUUGUCGAAAUAGACCGACUGUCUCCGUUGACUCUCUGUUAGUUACACUGUGAAUGAAGUGCGAAGAGACCUGCAGAUGCUCGUCUUUGUUUUCUGUGUCUGCAGCAUUUUAACGAAGGAGGACUGAGAAAUAAAAGCCACGUUGGGUAGCUGAUGGGGUAAAAUGUUCUAUCACAAAGGACAAACCAAGCUCCCCUCUCCCCUAUCAUUGUACAACACACCAGUGACUUGUGUGUCUUUGCCUUUAAAACACCUCCUCCCAUCCUCUUAUGUAUCAUUGUAGUCACAUGUGCAGCUGUGAGAGGAGGAGCUUGCUGUCUUUUCGUACUGUUGACUGUUUUUGGGGUUGCUUAAAGACCUUCUAUACCAAUGCCUUACUUACUUGUAUUUGAUCCACAGAAAAGCAUUUUGUUUUGUUCUGUGACCCUCUGUGUGCAGGACAAACUAUCCAACGUGCUGCAGAAAUAACUUUAAAAAUGGAUCUCCUUUGAAAAGUUGAAAUAGUGUCAUUAAUAGUGUAACUGUAUACGGAUGAAGAUGAUGUUCAGUCAUAUGAGGCGAAAUAUGAGUGAACUAUUAGGACAACAACCACUACUUCUUACUUUUGAAUUACUUUUUAAAAUGUUGUGCUGCUUGGAAUUUAAUUUUCUGCAACAAAUGUUAAAGCAUUUUUGUAAAGUGGUCAUAUUUAUUGACAGCUGACUCCACAAUGCAUCGUUUAAUGCCAACCACAUGAUUUUUGGAAUUGGAUAUUCAAGUAUUGUUGGUAAUUUGGUAAAAACUAGCAGACGGAUUAAUCACAACCACCAGCAUUUCAAAUAUUUGUUGCAAGCAGUUUACUGUACUGUAAUUUAAAAAAGAAAGAAUGAAAUUCGAUUACUGAGACUGCUUAUGUACACAUUCAUUCAGUGGUCUACAUGCUACUGGAGUUUUUUCUGAAAGAAUUCUACAUUGUGGUCACUGCAGGGGUUUUUUUUCAUCAAAAUGAUCAAAUCUUCUUUGUUUCAGCCAAAAACUGAUUGACUUCUUUGGGAUUUAGUGAAAUGUCUGUGACGCAGAAAGCACAACAAACCUCAUUAGUUACUUUCCCACAGAGAAGCUUUUUGGAGCUGAGCUUUGCCUAAGAGUCCCAGCUCACUUUUCUUCUUGGCAAUACUUUUCCAAAUGAACAUCUGAGUGAAACAGAAAAAUAAAUGUUGGAAAAUAUGAGUGAGUGUGACAAACUUCCAUAACACUUUAGCAUUCUGAGGUACAGGAGAGGUUUGUUGUAGAGCUGUAUGUAAGAUGGUGUGGCUUUUAUUAUCCUUUGUAUGACAAAACAAAAUCAUGUGAGAGUAUGAGAUGACUUAUUUUAUAAAGAAAAUAUGGAGUGAA